AUGGCCUCCCGACCUACGGCAGGCGCCCGUCCUGGGGCCAAGUUCGCCCAGUUCAAGCUCGUCUUGCUAGGCGAGUCGGCUGUUGGAAAGAGUUCUCUGGUCUUGAGAUUCGUGAAGGAUCAAUUCGAUGAUUAUCGCGAGUCGACUAUCGGCGCAGCCUUUUUGACACAAACUAUCUCUCUCGAUGAGAGUACCACGGUCAAGUUUGAAAUCUGGGAUACUGCUGGUCAGGAGAGAUACAAGUCAUUGGCUCCUAUGUACUACCGGAAUGCCAACUGCGCCGUCGUGGUUUAUGACAUCACUCAAGCUUCAUCUCUUGAUAAGGCCAAAUCCUGGGUAAAGGAGCUUCAGCGUCAAGCAAAUGAGAAUAUCGUCAUUGCUCUAGCAGGCAACAAGCUCGAUCUCGUCACAGAGAGUCCAGAUAAGCGGGCGAUUACCACAGUGGAUGCAGAAACCUACGCGCGUGAGGCUGGCCUCCUCUUCUUCGAGACUUCCGCCAAGACCUCUACAAAUGUGCGGGAGUUGUUCACAGCUAUUGCGAAGAAGCUGCCUCUCGAACAGGCCGGCCCUCGCAACAUGCGGACGACUCCUCGGCCUGGAGUUGACCUUCGACCAGAAGCUCCUGGAACCCAAGGCGCUGGUGCCUGCAACUGUUAA